CGACUCUCUACCGUCCGUUUGGCGCCCGUUUGGCUCGGGGGAUUGAGGACUUCUUUUAGGGCCGCCCCCGCUCCCGCUCCCGCUCCUGCUCGUGCCCGCCCGUGCGACUUGCGUCGGAUAUGUCGACCGACGUGGAGCAGCAGCAGAGGCCGGAGUCGGCCGGCGACGAGGACGACGACCGGCCGGCUCUGAGCGCGCGAGCUCUGGAAGCCCUGCGGGAGUUCCUCAGCGAGCAGAGCGCGGCCCAAUCAUUUGCCGGCGGCGAGGCGGAGGAGGAGGAGGAGGAGGAGGAGGUGAGGCUGGUGGCGGAGGACUGGAGGCUGAGCCAGUUCUGGUACGACAGGGUCACGGCGGAGACGUUGGCGGAGGAGAUCCGGCGCAUCUGCGAUUCCGACCCUUCGUCUCCCUCUUCCGUCGCCUGCAUCGCCUGCCCCACCCUCUACGUCUAUCUCAAGAAAUUAAACCCUGAUAUCUCAGCAAACUUGCUUGAGUAUGAUAAACGUUUCGAGCAAUAUGGCGAUGAUUUUGUAUAUUACGACUACAAUCAGCCUGAAGAGUUGCCAGCGGUAUUAAAGCAUGCCUGCAACAUCAUUGUCGUCGACCCUCCAUAUCUGAGCAAGGAAUGCUUGGAGAAAGUGGCCCAGACCGUCUCUUUCUUAGCCCGCCCACAAGGUCCAUUCUUACUGUUAUUGACGGGAGAGGUGCAGAAGGAUAGAGCUCUAGAGCUUCUAAAUGUGAAGCCGUGCAGCUUCAGGCCCCAACACGCAAACAAGCUAGGAAAUGAGUUCCGGCUGUUCACUAACUAUGAUCCUGCAGAGAGACUGGGUGGUUGGGAGCGCAAUUGACCAUGCCCGAGCUUACAGCGAAGGAUAAGAGCAUGCAUACAUGGACGGUGGAUACUAAAUUGAUCUCACGCUAUGCUAGGGAGAACACAAUAAUACUUAUUUGUUGUUUCCCACGUUUCAGUCGGAAACUCUGUUGUUUCCUUGUAAGUUGCUCGUUAGGAGAGGAAGCUGAGCUCACUCAAGCAAGGUCUAAAUGGUCUAUAAUUGAUAGUUUUAAUCUGAAAAGGAAUUUCUUAAUUAGUUCUAAUCUGAAAAGGGAAUUUAUCUUAUGAGAACGUGGGGAAUGAAUUUUGAUAAUAAACGUGAACGACUUCUUCUUUUUAA